AUGUGUCAUCCACAAGAUACAAUUAUCAGUAAAACAUGCCUUAAUCCAAAAGAAUUUACUCGUAUUAUAUUUACAUCGGAUUUAAAACGAUUUCAAAUGGAUAAAUUCGAUGAUGAUGAUUUUGUUUCAUUAUUUAAACGAUGUGCUUAUAAUGUAGUUAUAUCAACUGGUUGUAAAGUAGCACUUAAUAUCAAUGAUCGUUGGGAUAUUGGCGUUGCCAAAAAUGAUUAUAAUAAUGAUUUUCAACAAGCCAGCUUUGUUAAUUCAAUCUUAACAUCAGAAAAUGGUAAACAUAUUGAUUAUAUAACUGAACAAAUAUGUCCAAAACUUGCUGAACAUAUAAAAAAGAAAAGUAAAGCUGCUGCUGCUGCUGCUGAAAAUCUUAAACCAAUGCAAGUUGAAAAUCAUUUAUUUAUAUGUGUUAAUUAUUUAAUUGAAUAUCUGGAAUUUGAAUCACAAGCUAAACAAAACAAAUUAGCAACUGAAGGUAUAACGAAAUUAGAUUAUGACAAUCAUGAUGGAACAAAAAGUUCUCAAUAUUGUACAUUAAUUGUAACUGAAGAAGAUUCAGCUAAAGCACUUGCUGUAGCUGCCCUUGGUGUUAUCGGUCGAGAUCGUUAUGACGAACAUUCAGAAAAAGGUCCAAAUCCUCAUGUUAUUAUGAAAUUCAAGAAAAAUAAUCGUGUAUGGAAGGUUCAAUGUCUGUUAGAAUAUGAUAGUUAUGUUCUUAUAUGUGGCAUUGAAAAUAAGGAAUGGCCACCAUCGAUCAUGAAAAUUCAAGAACAUACUAAUAAUAAUGGAACAUUAAAAGUAGAUGAAAUGGCCGACAAGAUUAUUCAUCGUAUUCGAACAACACAACAUCAACUUUAA